AUGACUUCCUACUUCAGUUCGCUUAUAUGGGGCACGUCUCAAGUCGACGAUGCAGUCGACAAGGCCACUUCAGAGUUGUUACCCUCUGGUGCCGAGGACAUUGCACUGAACCUCGAGAUUAGUGACCAGAUUCGAUCCAAAUCUGUAGCUCCUAAGGAUGCUAUGCGUGCCCUUAAACGACGACUCAACCACAAGAAUCCAAAUGUUCAGCUACUAACACUUGGACUCACGGACACUUGCGUCAAGAAUGGCGGAGAUCCGUUUCUAGUGGAGAUUGCAUCCAGAGAAUUCAUGGAUAAUCUUGUCUCUAUACUGAGAAUGCCAGUGUUGAAUCAUGACGUCAAGAGUAAGAUCCUCAGGCUUGUCCAGAACUGGGCCCUCGCAUUCGAGGGAAAGUCUAGUCUUACUUACGUGGGGGACAUUUAUAAAGCAUUGAAAAAUGAAGGCGAGUUCCGUCAUCCAGUGAUUCUCUCCUAUGGCCAUUAA